AUGGAUAUGCAGCAAAUCUUUACCAAUCGCUUUAUGCCCGUCGCAUUCGCUCUCCCGUGGGUGAUGGGCAUGUUGAUUUCGUGGGUCCCAUUUACCAAGAUCUCUCUCAACAACGCCCCCGAUUUCCUCAUUCUCGCCGCUCUUAUCAGCACCCUCGAGGUCCUCAGCAUCGUCGCAGUCUUUAUCUUCACGUCCCUCCGCCCCUCAAUGCUCGACACCGAACCUAGCGCCAGCACGACGACUCUCAAAGAGAAAUUCUUCCGCGCCUGGUUCUGGUUCUUGUUCAUCAGCCCUUUUAUUACAGGAACAAUGGUCGUUUUGAUGGCGAGCGACAUUUCAUGCGAUCCGGAAGAUGAUCUGGAUAUGUAUCAACCAAUCUGCCAAGUAGGCAUCCGUCUCAUUAAAGCGACUGCUCUGUGUCGCGCUGGAAUUAUCGCGACAUUUCUGUUUGCUACAUCUUCAUAUUUAGAACAACGACCUACGAAGCGCUCGGACUCUGCAUGA